AUGGCGUCUAAACAGCUAAAUAUUCAGAAUGCUUGAUAAAACAUUUAAAAUAUAAUAAAAUAGAGUUUUUUUUAUGGUAAAUGAUGGCGUCAUAUUUACAAAAUGCAGCAGUGUCAGCGGUGUCAAAAGGUUUACCAAGUAGUUAUUAUACUCGUGAUGAUCGACCAAACCCUGUACUUCUAGCUUUAGAGCAGGAGCUCAAAAUUUUUACUGAAAAAGUUAAAAAACAACGUGCCGGAGGAGCUCUAAGAAUAACAGAGGAUUCUCAAACAAAACUGAGUACCAUGAUUUUUGAAAUAUGGAACAAGUUUGAACCACGUCUGCCAGAAACAUUUUUUCAAGAGAAGUUGCUGGAAAUAGGAGAUUUUUUGGUGUCGAUGCAGGAGCAUAGACUAGCUUUGAACCAAUGCUAUGAGCGUUAUCUUCAAAAGUUUGAGGCUGUUAGCACAAGUGAUGUGAAUUCAUUGAAGGAAAGUUUAUUUGCUGGAGGCUUGAAUUCAUCCACUGCGAUAUUAACUGUGCGUGCACUGUUGGGUAAGAGUAUCUGCAAGUAUCAGGUGAUCAAAUUGUCAGAUCCCAAAUUACAGAGCAAGCUUGCUAUUGCCAGAUGUCUUCAGUGUUUAGAGCUGCUAAGGACAGUAACUCAGAUUAUACUGCCUAAAGAAAAACUCUGUUGGCUAGUAUUUAAUGGAACUGUCCAUAUCUACUGUAUUUCAAGGCAUCUGAUGUCACUGGGGCGCUCAGCUGCUGUGUUGGAGUUUUUACUGUGGGCAUCAAUGUGUAUGGAGACUUCUAUCCCUCUACUGACUGUAAAGUACUUGACAUGGCGCAGCACGCUCUACACUGCGGUCUGCCAGUGUUACUAUGACUGCAAGGACACAGAAAAUGCAGAGAAAUUUGCUCGCAGAGGUUUAAAUAAAAUAAGUGAACUCAGCAAGCUGGAAAUGUUGAGCAGCAACCCACACAAUCCAGUUGAUGAGAUGAGCUUUAGAUCAGCCACCAUCAGGAUGGCAACAAUGAUCUUUAAAAGAACAGUUCUGGAGACUAGAAGAAAACCAAAAGGUGUUUUCAAACCAAAGACGAGAGCAAAUUUUAAAGAUGUUAUCAAUUUGCCAUGGCCCAGAACAAGCACAGAGAAAAUGUUGGCAGAAAUGUUUGAAGGCAGUGCUGCCCAGUUUCUUGCCAUCCUUGAAGCUUUGAGCAGCAGCAACCGACGUGUGCUGCAGACCUCUCCCCCGGCGUCAGAGAAUGAUCCGGAGAUUCUAGACGUUUUCUGUGAGAUGAUGAUGGCAGCUGAGUACAUCCUGUCUGCUGGCGCUGUAAACAAGUCGCACAUUUCUCUCCACUCCUUGAGAUUAGCAGGUGUUGUGACAGAAGGCUCACUCAUCCAGAUGGCCAUUGAAGGUGCUAAUGGUGUGCCUUUAGAGUCAGUUGUUCGUCUCAUGAAACUGGCCUACAGCUAUGAACAUUUUGAUGUUUUUGAGAACUUGCUGUCUCCAGUACUUAAUAAAAUCAAGGAGUUUACAAAUGAGAGAUUUGUUUGGGAAGAAAAAGUUUUAGAUCUGCUGAGCAGUUUUGUUAAGCUGAGGAAACUAAGGCCUGAGACAAGCCAACUGGGAAUCAAACCCUCAAGUGCGUCAUUAUCAGCCAUCUCAGGGGAUGACCUUGUUCGCGUGGCUGAAAUUUUAAUGACCAUAAUCAACGGAAACUUUGAGAAAGACAAAAUUGAUGUGGACAUUUUUGUCGAUGCGAUGAACUUCUUGUGGAACAGAUGCAAGCUGAUGUUCCAGAAAUACCAGACUGGACCUGUAGACAAUCCCAAAUUUUUACAGAAAAUGGUCAGUCCCAGCAAGAGUACAUUUAGUUCCACAAAUAUCAAGCCAUUUUCUGACAGAGAGGAAAAUGAAGGAUGGAUGUUCCUGCUAGAAACUGUACAAAAAGCCAUGGACUGGUGUGGCAUAGGGUCAGUGGACCCAACUAUGGCAGCAGAGGUCACAGUUCGGCUGGCCAUGGCUUAUGAAAGCAGUGCACAGCUGGAGCAGAUAGAUGAUAAAUCAAAAGAAUCCAAGACAAAUAUGACAGACUUUUCUGACCCUCCAGCCCAGGAGUCAGCUGAAGAAAGUGGCCCAUUUUUUCUACAUCACGGAGCAAAGAGCUCAUCAAAAGUUUACCUGAAACAGGCUAAAAAAGUUCUUGAACUUGGCCUAAAAAAUGUCAAUUAUGCCAGGAGAAUUGUAGCUACACAUGACGGAAAACACAUAGCAGAUAUCAGUUGGGCCAAGGACCUAAACCCAGAAAUAUUUGCUUCUGAUGGGCCAGUAGAGAAAAAUAAAGAAGGGGAGAUAACUAUUGAUGCUUUGAUGCCCCCAAGCAUGCAAGGCUCUGGAAUAACAAUUGCAAACACUGUUAAAGAUCUGCACCUGGAAAUGAUUUUGAUGUACAAUCGUGUCUGUUUGAAAUUGGAAGCUUUUGUUUCAGAUAUGACAAAAUCUGAUGCAAAACAAAAGAGAAAGUCCAAGGAAAUUAAAAGCUCCCCCGAAGAAGCAGAUAAAAUAGAUAUGAAAAAUUCUCAAAAGAAUUUUCUUGCUAAGGCUCUGUUUACAGCACAACAGGCUGUCUUGAGAGGAACAAACCAGCUACCCUCACAAGAACAAAGGAAGUUGUUAGAGGAAUCAGUCAACCUUAUCCAACGCUAUCAAGCAGAUGAAAGAAGGAUAUACAUAGAAAACUCUGGAACACAGGAAGUAAAAGUAGCCAAGGUGCCACCUCCCCCUGUUGUGAUUUGUCGCACCGACACCUUCAUGGUGUUUAAACCAGCACCGUUUAUAUCCAGUGCUAAUGAAAAGGUAGCUUACUACAGCAUAUUUGCAACUGAUGCAUCUGGACCAAAUGCCAAGGCCAGACUGAGUGAUUAUAACUUUCCAGGAACAGGAGAGCAGGUCCCUGCUGUUGACUGUGAGUUGAAGGUCUACAACCUCCAACCAAAUUCACGCUAUGUUUUUGCUGUGGCUGCCUACACAGCAGAUGGUAAACUUAUUGGUGAUGGCAUUGGUGACACCAGUCGACCUUUGCUGGCCUACCAUCCGUUACCAAUUCUCCUGGGGUGGGGAUACUUGGCACAGCUCUCCUACCAAGUGGGUUGCUAUGACAUCACCAAGCAGGCUUGCAGUGUACUCUGGAAUUAUUUUGUGAAAGAGCCACAACGGCCAAACAAUGAGGAGGAAAAAAAAGAUACCAAGUUACUUUUAUUUAGUUUGCACGAGAGAGCAGUUUGUGUGUCAUCUCCCAUUGUACUGCACCAGUUUUUGAGCACAGUGUUCAUGCUGUGUGACGUACAAACAAAGGAAGGUCAGCUCUUCUGUGAUGCCAUCUGUGAGAAAGGUCCUUUGUUCAAGAAUCAGGUGCGGCGCCUGCAUCAGUGUGAGCAGCUACUGGUUGCUGUAGAGAUGGCUGGCUGGUUGAAUGAGUCCAGUCUAGCGCUGCAGGCCGUGGUUCAGAUCUAUGGGUUGUUGGCACCAAUCAUUUAUCACAAGAUCCCCACCCUGGCUGUCAUACAGAUAUUAAAAAGAUGUCAUGCAGUCUUACAAGAAGUUCCAGCUGGGCUUAUACAGAGGAGGCAAGGACUGACUCGGGACAGCCUAAUCCACAUGAUAGCUUGCAUUAUUUACACCUUGGCAAAGUCUCUUAGGUCCUGGGGUCAGAAUGUUGCUGCCAGGAAUAUUAUUGAGGAUGGGAAAAGUUUAUUGGCAGAUGAAGCAGAAAACAAAUCGGCUGACACAAGCAAGAUGGAGGAGACAUUAUCGGAAAAACAACAAAUAAAUAAAGGGAAGCCACCUCUUCCAACUGCUGUGAAAAAACCUUCAAGUAAAGAAGAUUUAAAUGAGUCUAUGAAUGAAGAACUCAGUGCUUUGGAGUCUCAUAUGCUUAGAUUAACAAGAGCUGCGGCAUCAGAGUUUGAGCUCACUGGCAAUGAGAAUCCAAGUAUUUUGCAUUCCUACAUCGCAUGUCUGCCCAGUAGUGUGGCCUAUAAAGAAGUGUCAAAAUUCAAACGUAGACAACGAUUCUUGGAAUUCCUUGUCCAGGUGGCUCAAAAAGGUUUGACUGAAGGCAUUCUAGACCAGGUGCAAUCCUGGUGUGAGGAUGGCUUUCAAUGGCUAGAAAAACGUAAUGAGGGCAUAAUUGGGCAGAGCUCAAGCGCGUCUAAAAAACAAUUGACUGAUAAUGGGGCAGACAAGUUUGCUGCAACAAUGACAGAGUACAGCAAGGCCAAAGAAAAGCCUGGUGCUGUUAAGAAACAAGUGGGACCACCAGUAGUAGUAAGAAGACGAAGCAAAUACAAGUCCCUGAGGGUGACCAGUAGCAUGAGUGACACAAGCAGGAAGGAACAGGAGGACAAAGAGUUUCAGGCCAUUGAGAAACUUUCAGUUGUGUUUGUGGAGAGAUACCAACUUCAGCAGCGGCGUGCAAGGCUGAGGAAAAUUUGUGCUGACGAGAUGCCUUGGCUGAGCCAGCUGAACCUGGUUCAGGGACUGUGCCAUUUCUCUAGUCUGGUUGAAAAGAUGGAGAUGAAGGAGAGAAUAAUUUGUAAAAAUUACUGCCAGUAUCAAAGGAUAGAUUUCCUGCCCCAAGAAUGGUUCUCUCUGGACACAGCGGGUGCGAUGGUGGUUGGCUGGCUGGGGGGGCCUGUCAAAAACCAGGACUUCACCACCAUGCUGCAGAGCACAAGCACACGAGGUUCCAGAGCUUUUGAAAAGGGUGGCGUCACCGGGCUGGAAGCUGCUGCAGCCUCUCUCACUGGUGCCCCAAUGUCUUUACAAAACCUACAAACGCCAAGAACAGAAGACUCACAAUUUACUCUCAAGUCUGAGAAGAAUGUAUUUCUAGCGCUGGCCCUGAUAGAUGAGAACUCUUUAAGUACUUCAACCACAGUAUCCAUUUUGAGAUCAACUUUUGCCUACAUAAAGCGAGCAUUAGUUUUAGCACAUAGAGGGCAGCACUGGACUUUGCUUCAGAAUGAAAGUAGAGAGUUAUGGAACUGUGCCCACACUGCCCUACUCCAUGCAUACAGCCCCAUCGCCAGGCCUGGCAAGGAGCCAGGGCUGGUCAACUAUGAUGUGUUACGUAGUCUCAUAUGGGAGCCUUUCUAUGUGGCUUCAGACUGUCUGCUGGACAUGCUGGUCAUUCUUCAAGUUUCUCUGGAAAAACAUGCAGCUCGUGCCAGAAGCAGAGGAAAAGUCUUGGGCUCACUAUUUGAUUCAUGGGCAGGAGACAUACAGUCUGAGAAAGGUGGUGCAAGCUUAAAGUUUGAUUCAAGAAUGGAUGACAGCAGCAUCGUAGACAUGCAGUGGAUCAGAAAAUUUGUUCUUCGCACAUUAGAGAUGUUGUACCUCCAGCAAAAAUGGGAGAAGCUCACCGACCUUGCCCUUCGAUUUAAUGCCCUCACAAACAAUCGUUAUGCCGAGCAAGUCAUUCCUUUGAUGGUACAAGCCCAGAGGAGUAUAGAAAAACGAAUAGCGUCUGUUGAUGGUCCUCGCCCCCCACAGCCCCACUUUAAAAACUUGAGUGCCCAACUUGGCAAGGUGUUAGAAGCCAAAGACUAUCUCAAGGCCCAGCUUCAGCUUCAGAUUGAGCCAAACUCUUUAGCCCAGAUCCAGCCUGGAGCUCAGAUUGACCCCAUUGGUCAUGGAACUUACACCCAAGAGGAUGCCUUCCGCCUGUCCUCAGUCCCCCUGGAUGUAGACCUGAGCCUGGCCACAAUGCGUGAGACCCUGGCUCAGUCCCACUACACUGCCAGGGCCCUGCAGCACAGCCGCAAGCUUCUGUGUAUAUACCUGGCUGGACAACAGAAUGUGCAAGAGUUCUCCCAGAGCCGCGAUCUGUCUAAUGUAAAUUUCAAGAUGAUAUCUGGACAGUCCCACACACCACUGCCCCCAGAUAAGAUGACAUGUGACUUCAGUAGUGAAAAUGACAUACAAAUGUCACCUUUACCCAAAUCUCAAUUAGAUAAAGUCAUCAGUUCAUAUGAGAAAACUAUAGAAAUUCUAAAAGCUAAACACAUGAAAGGAUUGUCUGCACAAGCAAUGCAUGAACUAGGAAACAUUUUCUUUCAUUCUAAAAAUACCAGAGCUGCAUUCAAAUGGUGGCGCAGUUCUCUGGACACAGUUUUGAACAUGACUGACUCCCUUUAUACGUGGCGACAACAGCUACAAGACCAAAAUGACUUGAGUGCUUAUUUUUUAGACAGAUGUGGAAUAUGGGGUUGUAUCCUUGGUGGGGUGCUUGCAUCCAAUAUAGCUCAGUACAUUAUAACUUUAGAUGCAGACUUAAAAACAGCAUGCUGCUUUCUGUCUGGAUAUUUGUUUAAGGCAUUGUUUCGUGCCAGCCUGCCACAUCCAACCAAAGACAUCGAGUAUGUACUGUAUGACAUAGGCCACAACUCGGAGGUGACAAACUUGAUUCCUGGGAUUGAUUUAAUGUCUGACAGAUUUCGCUGUGACGGACGACAGGUGGUUGCUGCCCUACAUUUAACCAUUGAGGAACUACACAGGGCAGAGCACAACAUCUUUAUCCUUCCACUGUUUACCCUGUACAACUACCUUACGGCUUACGUGUGUAGAGACCUGCAGAGAAAUGUGGCCUGUAGGAUCAUGAAGUCUCAGGCUCUCAUCCAGCUCAAGCUCUACGCCGAGGCCAUAACAGUCCUGCAUCAACUCUUCAAAGGUCACUUCCUGCCCCAGCUGGGAAACCCAGCCUUCAGGUCUACAGAAAAACAGCCACAGGACCACACUUUUCAAGCUGACAAGUUAAUUACAGACAGUGUCAAUCAUAAGAAACAUGAAGUCAAAGAAAAACCUGCACUCUCUCCCUUUGUUUGCACUAAAGCCAUUUGGAGCACAUCCAAUUACUUGGCUCUUGAAAGUUUGUUCAAACUACGGCUGCCCCAACAGCUAUCUGCAGUCUAUGGGCCCAACCUAGUUUGUCACCUGAAUCUAGCACUAGCACAGCUGUUUACAGCUCUGGCUGGUACAAUAGCUGUUGUGCCAUACAUUGAUGAACAAGACUCGCUCUCCACCCACACACCCCUCUCAGAAAAUAAAGCCCAGGCUAAAGAUGGCAAGGCUAAAGUUUUAAGCAAAGCUCCAUCUUUCAUUUCUUUUAAAACUUUCAUUGACCCUGAGUAUCUUGGUGUCCAGUAUUCAGGCUGCUUGACCGAUGGCGCUAGGACACUGAGACUGGAGGAGAUCAAACUAAAUCUGUUGUCUGCAGCCUCUCACAUCGCCCAGUCUCUUGUGGAGCCCAUGCUAUCCAGUUCCAAAUCUGCCAAAUUAGAAAAUUUUGUGGCUGCGGAGGUUGAGCUGGUGGUGAAGGGCAAGCUACUGCAAGCUGAGAUAGCCAAUCAGAAGCACCAUGCACCAAUGGCAGCUCAACUUGUACUGGAGGCUUUAGCAAUACUGCAGGAUGCUGCAGUUUUUAAGCAGCAAAAAACGCAACAAGGAACUUCUAGAGAAGAAACCAUCAAAAGUGAUAGACCAUCAUCCUUAAAAAAUAGCAGCAAAAGCUCUAAAAAAGCUGCAGAGAGGAGAAAUAGUUUACCAGAUUCUUCUGGCCAUUAUCUGAAUUUGCUGGCAAGAUAUCGGCUGGAUACUAGGCUCUGGCUACAAUGUCGCUUAGCUCUGGUCCAGUCUUUGUUAAUGCAGAUUCAAGGCAUGGGAAAAGUCAAAGCUGUUUCAGAUGGAGCCAGAAGUGUACAGACCAAUGUUGCAGACUGUCGCCAAUACUGCGCUGAAGGUCUUGGAGAAGCAGAAGCGUUUAAAAAUGUGGAAAUCCAAGCAAAGUUUUUGUAUUUGGCUUCACAGCUCAACAUUAUUGAAGGAAAGAGUGUUGAACAUACUUUAACAUUAAUAAAGGACGGAGCUGAACUGCUGAAAACUGUAAGAGAAAGAUCCCCAGAGGGAGAGCAACUGUUGGCUACCUGCAUCAUCUUCAAGGCUGACCUCGAGGCUUCGGCAGCCAAGACAUGCCCCGAUGCAGACACCUGUCUCAAGACAGUUUAUCUUUCUUACCUGGAAGCUCAUAGUCUUAUUUUAAAUCAGAUGGAGACUUUUGGAGAGAAAAUUGAGCGCCAGAGUUUAGCCUACAACUCAGCUCCCCUGGCUCCUCUACUCAACAUUUUCCAUCCACUGUUGCCAUUGUUAACUCAAGUCAAGCAUAGGAUCGGCCACUUUAAAGCUCGGGAUACAGCCAGACUUAUUAAGAAUGGCCAGGUGUCCAACAUGAAGGAUAUGUGGACAGAUUGUUUACGAGUUUUGAUGACAUCGUUGCAACUUUCUCAAGUUAGCGCCAUGAGAGAAGCAGCAACAGAAUCUGAGCUUCUGUUUUUGAUAGGUAAGAUCCAAAAGAUGUUGGUAUUCUCAGGACAUAUGCAACCUUCUGCAGCUGCCCACACUCUACUUCAAGCUAUUUAUAUUUCAUAUUUAAAUAACCACGAUCUUGGUUUAAUGAGACAAGCUUAUCUGGAGAUAGCCUUGAUCUACAUGCAGAAAGCCAAAGUUAUCAGGGUCAAAAAUAGUUUUAUGUUUGAACCCAUCAAAAACAAGUCUGGAACAAAACAAGACAAGAAAGAACAAGAAAUUUCUGAUGAGAAGAGAGCCGUCUGGUUAGCACUGCGAUGUGCGGCAGGUACCGCCUCUUCUCAGAGAUCUAGGAACCUCCUGAUUGGUGAUCAAAGUGUUGCCUCUCAAAAGCUGGGGGAAAAGUGUGAAUCUGUCCCAGACUUUAUAGCACUGGACCUGCUAGGAGGAUCUGUUCUUGGUCAAAAGAAAAAAGUUUUUAAAACUGCCAUUGAAGAAGAAAUGUCAACUAUGUUUGAAGCCCAGGAGGUAAAGACCCCUCAGACAUAUGAUGAACAGCUAUACCAUGCCAAAGCUGAAUCCAAGGUCCUCAGUUGGAUUCAUUUGCUUGGCUACCAGUCCAUCCUGCAGCGGCUGAUGAACACCUCAACCAUUUCUGUCAGCACAGAGACUACAGCUGAUUCAGCCAGCCAGUUUGACGUCAGCGCAAACCAUGAUGUUGUCAGAUACAUGCUACACUCAGGUGUAUGGUCCAGCCGUUUAACCCAGUUACACAGGUACUUGACCAACAAGCUGAAGAUCUAUGCUACAGAAUGCAGUGGGGCCUUUCCUUCCCAUGGCCUAGCGCAGCAAUUACCACAAACAAAUCCGUUAGACCUGAAAAUCAGCACCCAGUCGUAUGCAGUUAAUCAGGGUCCUGAGGUAGACAGUGAAAAUACUAAACCCAGGGUGCCACUUCCACCAGGGUCAAUAACUGACCAGUUUAGACCAGCAGACAAGUCGGCAGUCCUAGUGGCAGAGCCUGAAGUUUGUGUCCUGUGGUACCAGCCCUCCCUGGCUGAGUCUGGCUUCAACGUGCCUGACACCAGAGCCCAAAGAACCCAGAUACUUAUGUGUUACUGCAUUACGCAGAAACUCAACUACUCGUAUGUGCAAGAACCAAGCAUUAUGUGGAUGCCAUUACAAAAAGUCACUGACAUGCAUAACAGACUGACCUCCCUUGUUCAACUUGCUGAAAUCUCCCUGAUGGAUCAAGUCAAGGAACCAACUACAAGUACAAGUGCUGCCUCUCCAUCAGCUGCACGAGCUAAGAAGGUGACUCAACGGAUUAAACCACUUUCACCUAAAAUUAAGAAGGAUGAACAGUUUGAGAUCCUGUUAAAGCAGUGUAUUGAGGAUUGCUUAGCAUUGUUUGGUAAAUUUCAGGAAGUUACGCUUGAUGAUAAGAGCCCAUUUGAGAUCACACUGACAAACAUCAAAGCUUUAGAGAACAUGUUUGACCCAAGGGUUGGCCUAACAAUGAGAGGUAACUCUAACUUCCUCCAGUGGUUGAUCAACUGUCUACAGACAUAAACAAGCUCUAUUUACACUCGUCCAUCAACAGCUGACUGCAAUGUUGAAUAUUCGUUGACUAAAUCAUCUUAUGAAUAAAUCGUUGCUUGUCAAGCUAUCAAAUGUUGUUUGUUUUAAUUUAUUGCAAAUGUAGGCUUGUCUUUAUCAAAGGCUAAUAAAGUGACAGAAAAGAAAGAUUAGGCCUUUAUUAAUAUUCAUGUAGACUGUAGACUUAACAGUCUAGAAUUCCCCAUCAUUUUUAAUUUAUUUUAAAAAUAUUUUUACUUCUGUUUUAGUCUGUAUGGAUUAAGUUUUUAAUUAAUUAUUAAUACCAUGUUAUAAUUAAUGCAUUGUAAUUUGACUGUUGGUUGUAUGGAAUAAAAUAUGUAUUUCUUUUCUGGAGCAUCAUGUGAAACACAAUAAAAACUUUCAAUACUGUCUUGCUAUAAAUACAUAACAAAAUCAAAUUAACAGUAAGAUUGUAUCACUUAGAUUAAAUAUAUGUAUUGUUCUAAAGGUUUGGUUAAUAUUAGUUUAUAUUGACUGAUGCCAAUAGACUACUUCGUAUUAAAGUUGUUUUAAUUUUAAAUUAUCCAUAGUUUAUUGAACUUACUUGACCUUUAUGUGUUAUUAUUCAUUUUUUACUCUUUUAUUUUAAACCAAUGUUAAAAGAAAAUUGAGCAGAUUUGAUUGUGUAAUGAUGUAACUUGUUUUAAGAUUCAAUUAAUUAUAUAGUUUGUGUGUCUUUAUUUUAUUAUGAAAUGAAACCAAUCUUGAUUUCCUAAUAUAUAUGCAUUAUGUGAUCAGUCUAUUAUUAUUUUGGCUUUCAGUAUAAUUGAAUUAAGGUAUA